CAUGCAAACUUGGGUGUCUCUUAUCAGCAAUUGUUUUUUUCGCGCUUUGUUUUCUUCCCGAUGGAAAAUUUCAUGAGUUUUUACUUUUUCAUUUGGUAAUUGAUCAACUUCAAAUAACGUUUGGAAAAAAAUUAUUGGCGAAGUUCAAAUGGAAGUUCAACAACACCAAGAACUAGAAAUGGCCGAAGUCACGUCAGAAGUGUACGAUAUUUUUCAUCCGUCUCCGGUAUCGCUGAAACAACUAUCAGCGAUCGUCGUUAGCCUGGAAAUUUGGCGACGUAGAGUAAAUGAAUAUCGCACAGAUAGAAAAUUGAAAGAAUUUGACCCAUACAGCCUGCAAAAAGGAAAUACAUGGGUGAAAACUGUGCUUCCUGAUUUACCGUCCACAAUUUACAAGACGAUCGAACAAGUUGCCUCAAGAUUUGGGUAUUCGAUGGGCGUUUGGCUAAUUCAGCAUUUUGAAAGAGGAUUUCGUUUUGAAUACAGUGAUAAGAACCAUGUUUUAGAAGACUUCGAUGAUUUUGUGUGCGAUUAUGACGGCUCUAUACAUUUUGUGAGGACAGCUGAACGUAUGAUGCGUUGUGAAUGCAUCAAUUUGGAAAUGAAAUUUAUUGUCGCUAGUGUGUAUUUCUUCGAAGACGACAUAAGACGAAUUUGGCCAUCUGUAUCAGCAAACAUGAACGUAGAUUUGAUCGAUUUUGACAAAUGCCCGCAAUCCUAUUACUGGAUUUGCCGUCUCACGAAUAAAUUAGACAAAAUACCAAUCCCGAGGGGUGAAACUGUUGAUGAAAGAAUGUUUAAGUAUUCUAUGCCUCAUAAUAGGCCUUCCAUGGAGUAUUUUUGGAAUCGUAUACCUGUUGAAAAUCAAGUUCAAAGAGGUGUUGAACACCGUAGGGGUUAUGAUUUUGUUAGGUUCAUUUUACGGAAACUGGAUGAUGAGCAGCUCGAUAAAUACGUCAAUGAUAGGUAUCGGUAUGGGUAUGCUGAUGAUAAUGACUUGUAUUUCAUGUUUCUUGGUCUUCAUUGCGAUGAAUGGGUCGUCCUGAGAACUUGGUUUCACAUUAGGAACAUUAUAACGAAAAGUAAUUUUACAAAUUUGAUCGUUCAUAUGCUUAAAAUUGAGUAUGAUUAUGUAAAUGAGUGCCAUGAACACGAAAAGUGGGAAUAUUUGUGUGGUCAGAUAUGGAACCAUUCGCCUCUUACUUUAAAACCAUCGGUGAUUAAAGUUAUUUCCUCCGAUAGUAGCUGGUUGGAAGGUAUGAGUUACGUAAACGUCGAUUUGCUGUUGACUAUUCUGCAAGAUGCAUCUUCGGAAGAACGAAACUUAUUCUUGCGUAACUGCUGGAGUGGGUUAAUUGAACGAGUUCGAAGAAAAAAUUUGCAACUAGUAAUAGAAUUGUGCCUUGAGAACGAAGAUGAGAUUAAUGAGUUCAAGCAAAGCAUAAUGAUUAACAGCAGAGAUAUCCUUCGAUACUGUGUGGCGUUAAUGGAAGAUUCGUGUCUCGAAGAAUUGAACGCCUUUGUGAGUUUCUGUUGUGCCGAAUUACAAACAGCGAGAAAUCUUAAACAACAAACACUGCAGUCGGCUUUUUUCGAUGAAUAUUGCAGACUUAGUCCUGACAAUAUCCGUCGAGUCGAAGACCUCAAUGAAUUUGUUAAUGAUGCUUUCGACAACGUUGAUCUAUCCAUCAACUUUAAAAAUGGGCUGAUUUCGUCCUCUUCAUUUAUGAAACAAUUAUGGGGCUCGAUUAGCUUAGGACUUGUUUCUUCGGAAACGACCAUCAAAUUUAUUAAUACCCUGUUUUCCACCGAAGAAUCUGUAAUGCGAGUCAAAAAGAGUUUGAUUGAUUUUUUGAAAGGAUUUGUGACGUCUGUUAACCGCGACUACCUAUUUAACGAUGCUAGUAACUGCGGUACUAUAUUUCGCAGGGAUGAAUUCAAUUCGAUGUUAUUAUGGUGUUUGGGAAAUAAUGAACGAGUUGAAGAAUUCAAACUAAACUGCACUUCGUAGUGGAGCCACAUGGCCAUAAAGUUCAAUCCAACGAAUUUAUGAUUUUUUUAUUCUAAAUCUACAAUGGGGUAUGUUAAGUUUUCUAUGUAUUUUUUAUUCUCUUAAUUCAACUGUGUUGUGAUUGUGAAGUAAAUCGGCAUUAUUAUGUACAUACCUCUACGAUUAAAAUUUUUGAAUAAAAUUUUUCAAAUUUCUUGAAU